GUGAACGCGCGCACAGUCUGACACAAGCUCAGUUGAAUUUGGCAGCCUCCUGACACUUCGCACAGACCGGGCAGGGUUAGAAGAGGUCCCGCAUGCCUUGUCAAAAGUUUCUACUGGAGAGGACUUGUAUAUGAUGGGAAGAAACUGGAAGAGACACUGCUAAUCUUUUGAGUUUGAGAAGGAAAAGAUCAAUGAGGAUUUCUGGCAUGGCUGUGUUCAAGCAACAGAAUGUGGAAGAGUUUUAUGAGAUUAGAGAAGAGCUGGGGAGCGGGCAGUUUGCUAUCGUGAAGCAUUGCAAGGAGAAGAGCAGCGGGCUGGAGUACGCUGCCAAGUUCAUCAAGAAGCGUCAGAGCCGUGCCAGCCGGCGAGGGGUGAGGCGGGAGGAAAUCGAGCGCGAGGUCAACAUCCUCCAGCAGAUCCAGCAUCCCAACAUCAUCACCCUGCAUGACGUGUAUGAGAACAGGACCGACACGGUGCUCAUUCUGGAGCUAGUGUCUGGAGGGGAACUGUUUGAUUUCCUGGCACAGAAAGAGUCUUUGAGCGAAGAAGAAGCGACCCAGUUCAUGAAACAAAUCCUUGAUGGGGUCAACUAUCUGCACUCCAGGAAAAUCGCACAUUUUGAUCUCAAGCCAGAAAACAUAAUGCUGCUGGAUAAGAACGUUCCUCUGCCACGUAUCAAACUGAUUGACUUCGGCCUGGCUCACAAAAUCGAAGAUGGAGUUGAGUUCAAAAACAUUUUUGGAACUCCAGAAUUUGUCGCUCCGGAAAUCGUCAACUAUGAACCGCUGGGACUGCCUGCCGACAUGUGGAGUAUUGGGGUCAUCACCUAUAUAUUAUUAAGUGGGGCAUCCCCCUUCCUAGGCGAGACAAAGCAGGAGACCCUUGGAAACAUUUCAGCAAUGGAUUAUGAAUUUGACGAGGAAUUCUUCAGCCGGACCAGUGAACUGGCAAAGAAUUUCAUCCGGCAGUUACUAGUGAAAGACACUAGAAAAAGACUGACAAUCCAAGAAGCUCUUAAUCAUCCAUGGAUUAAGACCCACGAGAGCAAGGAGGAAACCAAAGUCCUCGAAACUAACAAGCCAGAACGGCGGCAGCUGAAGACGAAGCGGCUGAAGGAAUACACCAUCAAGUCCCAUUCAAGCAUGCCGCCCAACAACACCUACAUCAACUUCGAGCGAUUUGCCCUCGUGGUGGAAGAUGUCUCCGUAAUGGAGACCAGCGUCAGCGGCAUAGCGGUGGCCCAAGACUCCCUCCAGGAGGACAUUGACGCUUUGAUUUCCAUCUAUAACGAAAAGGAGACCUGGUACAAGGAAGAAAGCGAGAGUGUGAGGCAUGAGCUGUCCCAGCUCUGGUAUGAGUACCGCAAAGUGGAAUCCAUGAAGAAGCACCUGCAAGACGACGUUAAAACCGUGGACUCCAGCAUCACAGACAUCACUGGCAAAUACAUGGAGCGGAAAUCGCACUUUGAAGCCUUGGGGCAGGAGCUCUUGUCCGAAGUGAAGUGGGUGCAAGACGUAAUGAGCUCCUUUCAGAUGGACCAUGGCAAUGGAAGCUUCUCGAACGGAGAUUUUGCUUCUGUUUUUAAUAAAGAUGUGAAUGAGGCUUUGAAGGAGCUGUUAAACAGCUCUUGUAGUGGAGAGCUGCUUUCAGGCAUGAAUUUAGACCUUACAGAGUAAAGUCAGUGAUUCAAUCUGAGGCCUUAGUCUUUCUUUGGUUGUGUUAAUAUAAGUGUAGUGUAUUUUGCACGUUUUGUAGUGUCUAAAAGUAAUUAAUAUUAACACAUCUAUUGUAUAGUUUUUCUUUUUUAUUUAUAUAUAAAUUGUAUUUGGUUGUGUGUUGUAAUUAGGGCUUCUCUGUUUUUCAGUUUUUAUUAAUUUCAUUUUUUGGUGCA